GAUCAUUCCACUGUACUGCAGCCUGGGUAACAGAGACCCUGUCGCUAAAUAAAUAAAUAGACCUGAGUUGGAAUAUCGGCUCUGGAGACCUUAGUGUAACCAUAUGCAAGUGUUUACUCAGCUAUUAAAUGGGACUAAAGGCAUUUUCUUCUCAAGACUAUACGUAGCACACCACUAAACCGUCUAGACAUCGUAUUCCCCAUCCAUCGCCCCGCCCAGUGGACCAGGGAUGAAGCGGGGAUGCGCCAGGGCAUCCAGGUUUGUCACCAGGGGGCGUACGAGGCCCUCAGUUUGGCGGGCGGCGGGACGGGGGCCGGCCUGCGCGCGCAUGCGCCGUUAUAAAAGGCCGGUCCCUCGGGCAAGAUGGCUACCAAGAGCAUCGCUUCCCGCCUCCGGGGCUCCCGGCGUUUUCUGAGUGGCUUCGUGGCCGGGGCUGUAGUGGGCGCUGCGGGAGCGGUGACAGGGAAGCAGCCGGAUGGAUCUGCAGAAAAGGCUGUCUUGGAACAAUUUGGAUUCCCUUUAACUGGAACAGAGACAAGGUGUUACACUAAUCACGCUUUGUCUUAUGAUCAGGCAAAGCGGGUGCCUAGAUGGGUUCUUGAACAUAUUUCCAAAAGCAAGACAAUGGGUGAUGCAGACAGAAAGCAUUGUAAGUUUAAGCCUGAUCCCAGUAUCCCUCCAGCCUUCAGUGCCUUCAAUGAAGAUUAUGUUGGAAGUGGGUGGUCACGAGGACACAUGGCUCCAGCAGGAAAUAACAAAUUUUCCAGUAAAGCCAUGGCUGAAACCUUUUACCUUUCUAACAGUGUGCCUCAGGAUUUUGAUAAUAAUUCUGGAUAUUGGAACAGAAUAGAAAUGUACUGUCGAGAACUGACAGAAAGGUUUGAAGAUGUUUGGGUGAUAUCUGGGCCUUUGACGUUACCUCAGACUAGAAGCGAUGGAAAAAAAGUUGUUAGUUACCAGGUGAUUGGCGAGGACAACGUGGCAGUCCCUUCACACCUUUACAAGGUAAUCCUGGCCCGCAGAAGCUCAGUAUCUACCGAACCACUGGCACUAGGGGCCUUUGUGGUACCUAAUGAAGCCAUCGGCUUCCAGCCCCAGUUAACCGAAUUCCAAGUGAGCCUCCAGGAGCUAGAGAAGGUGUCAGGACUGGUGUUUUUCCUCAUUUGGAUAGAACUAGAGAUAUCCGGAAUAUCUGCUCUGUGUCAGGACUGGUGUUUUCCUCGUUUGGAUAAAGUUCAAAGAUAUCCGGGAAUAUCUGCUCUGUGUCGGGACUGUGGUGUUUUCCUCGUUUGGAUGAGCUAG